AUGAAAUCCCGAACGAAUCAACCAGAUCCCGAGACACAUGCGAUCGAGGUCAAAGCCAAAUUUGGUCCGAGAGACAAGUCUCUCAACCAUUGGGUCAUUGAAACCACACCUGAUACAAGAGCCAUACUGCUCGAUAAAAGUCUAAUUUACAUAGGGUGGUCCGCCUGCACCGUCAAAGAUCACGUUCGUGUGGUCAGAUGCUUCAAAGUCAAAAAUUCGGGCAUAUGCAGAGUGUCUGCGUAG